GGGGGAGGCGUGGUGGUGGCGAUAGCGGUGGAGGUGGAGGAGGGACGGUGGGCAGGCGUUUGUCAAACGCGGCUGCCACUGCUGCCGACCUGCUCUCCCGUACCUUCUCCUUUCACAAGGAUCGGGGCAGCCUAGGCAGCAGGAGAGAAGCCUCCUCCGCAUCCUCCUCCUCCGCUCUCACCUUUCCCCCCACAACAACGCCAUCAGCAGCAGCAGCAGCAGGGGCGGGGCCAGUAGACGACAGCAGCCCUGUGUUGCCGCUGCUGCACACCCUGCAGCGCAGUGUGAGCAGCCGGCAGCGGCUGGGCGGCCCCGCGGCGGCGCAGGCUGGCUGGCAGGCCAAGCUGCUACAGCGGCAGGCGCUGCAGGGUCGCGCCUACCAGCCGCAGCUCAUGUUCGUGGACCCCACCCAGUUCCUGCGCAACGAGCGCAUCUUCCUGUUGUGGCUGCGAACUGCCAUCACAGUGGGGGGCAUUGCGACGGGCAUGCUGGGUUUCGCCGCCUCCGCGCCCACCGACCCCUACCAGCGCCCCACCAUCCACAUCUCCGAAAUCACCUCCUUCGUGCUGCUCGGGGUGGCGGUGGCCAUGGCGGCAUACGGGCUGGGCGCCUUCGUGUGGCGCUCCACCCGCUUCUACGAGCUGCACCCCACACGGUUCGACGACACCACGGGCGCUCUGGCCAUGACUGCCGCCGUCACCCUGGCGCUGUUCUCGCUGCUGGUGGUCAACAUGGCUGACUUGAUGGAGGUGCUGGGGGGGGAGGGGACGGGGGGAGGGGAGGGGGGGAGAGGAGGCGCGCAUGCUGGAGGGUAUGGGAUAUAAGGGACCGGAGGCGUGUGAUCUGGUCCUCCUGCAUGCUUGUGUAGGGUACCGGCAUGUGCAGCAGGUUGGGAGUGGUGGUUGGUUGGGGCCGCUUGCUUGCCCCUUGUAAUGAGAGACAGCCGACAACAC